AUGGCAUCUGGAAGUGGCCGCGGAAGAGGCCGAGGAUCGGGAUCCAACAACAGCGGAGGAAAAACCCAAGACUACUAUGGUACGAUCCAACCGGAUCUUUUCGUCCGUCAGCCUGGAGAACCGAAAGUCGGAUCUUCUGGACGCCCUCAACGUUGCUUCGCCAACUUUAUCCCGAUCGAAAUGGAGAAAGCCGACUACAGCAUCUAUCAAUUUCAUGUCGAGUUUCAUCCUCAAGUGGAUUCGAAGCAUAUGAGAGAGACUAUGCUGCUCCAUGAAAAUGUGACUGAUGAAAUCGGCAGAUUCCACGUCUUCGAUGGAAUGAUUCUCUACCUGACAGAAGAAUGGCAGCAGAAUCAAGAAAUCGAAGUACCACACCCCCUCACUGGAGACCUGAUCAGAGUCAUCUUCAAGCAAACCAAUCGGUUCUUGCUGGACAAUGCUCAGACAAUCAACAUCUUCAACACCAUCAUUCGUCGUUGCUUCGAUGAGCUCAAGCUGACUCAACUUGGCCGUCACUAUUUCAACUCAAAAGACGCCAGAAACGUUCGAGAGUACAACAUGAGUAUUCUCCCAGGAUUUGAGACUGCUAUCCGCAUGUACGAAGACCAGCUGAUGCUCUGUGUCGAGAAUCGUUUCAAGAUGGUUCGCAGAGACUCGAUGUACGACCUUCUCAAGAAGGAGAUGCAAGCAUGUCAGGGAAAUCGUCAACGAGUUCAGGAGAAGAUGAAUGAGAUGUUCGGGGGGUCCACCAUCAUCACCUUGUACAACAACAAGCUUCAUCGCUUCACAAGACUCGAUUGGAAUAUCAACCCAUUGAGUGAAUUCGAGAAGGAUGGCCAACCGAUCACUCUGAAGAGAUACUUCAAGAUGCAAUACGACAAGGACAUUCAAUUUGAUGACCAGCCGAUCAUCAUCUCUGAAGGAAAGCCGAAGCAGUCAGGAGAGCCUCCACAAGUCAACUACAUCGUUCCGGAGAUUUGUUUCCCAACUGGUUUGACUGAUGAGAUGCGCAAAGACUUCCGUAUGAUGAAGGAAAUCGCGCAGCACACUCGAAUGUCGCCACAGCAACGCUUGACCGAAACGAGAAAGUUGAUCACCGAGUUCCACAACAACGAGAACGUGCAGGCUUGUCUCAACUACUGGGGAAUUCGUCUCUCGGAAGACCUUGCCAACGUCAAUGCUCGAGUUCUCAAGCCGGAGCCGUUGCACGCUGACGGAAUGAAGAAGUAUGAGGGAAAAAACGCCGAGUGGGCUCGUGGAGUCAAGGAUGCCGGAAUCUAUCGUGGAUCAGAGAUGAACAAUUGGAUCGUUGAAGUUCAUCGGGGAGGCUGGUCGUCUUGCUCAGACUCUUCGUGUUCAAUUAGGAGAUCCAAUAGUGCAGUCAAGCAAGUCGCUGGUGCUGAUGUCCACAUGCUCGUUGUGAUGCUUGUCGAUGACAACAAGACUCGCUACGAUUCUCUGAAGAAGUAUCUGUGUGUCGAGUGUCCAAUACCCAAUCAAUGCAUCAAUCUUCGUACUCUUGCCGGAAAAGCAAGUGAUGGUGGAGAGAACAGGAACUUCGGAUCCAUUGUUCUGAAAAUCUUUCUUCAAAUGAUUUGCAAGACUGGUGGAGCCCUUUGGAAGGUCAACAUUCCGCUGACGGAAACCAUGAUUGUUGGAUACGAUCUCUACCACGACUCCACUUUGAAAGGAAAGACAGUGGGAGCAUGUGUCUCUACAACUACCGGGGACUACACCAAAUUCUACUCUCAAACCAGGCCUCAUGAGAAUCCAACACAACUUGGAAACAAUCUGACUCAUUUCGUGAGAAAGGCUCUCAAAAAGUACUACGACGAGAACAACAACACUCUUCCAAGUCGUUUGAUUCUCUACAGAGACGGUGCCGGAGAUGGUCAAAUCCCAUACAUCAAGAACACGGAAGUGAAACUCGUUCGGGAUGCUUGUGACAUGGUGACUGAACGUGCCGCCAAGCUCAGCGGCAAGGUACACAAGUCUAUCAAGCUGGCCUUCAUCAUUGUUACCAAGCGCGUCAAUAUGCGUAUCUUGAAGCAAGGAGCUACAGGAACCAGUGCAAUCAAUCCCGAUCCAGGGACGGUCGUUGACACUGUCGUCACUCGUCCAGAGAGAAUGGACUUCUACUUGGUCCCACAGUUUGUCAACCAAGGAACUGUCACUCCAGUCUCCUACAACAUCAUCUUCGACGACACGGAACUCGGACCCGAUAAGCACCAACAACUCGCCUUCAAGUUGUGCCAUUUGUACUACAAUUGGCAAGGAACAGUUCGUGUGCCAGCUCCAUGUCAAUACGCGCACAAACUCGCCUUCUUGACUGCUCAAUCGCUUCACGGAGAUUCAGAUGAGAAGCUUCGCGACAAACUUUUCUUCUUGUAA